AUGCCUAGACACACUGUUACCCCUGAAGAAAGGGCUGAAAGAAGACGAAGAUACAUGAGAGAAUACCAGCGUAAUCGUCGGCAAUCAUUGCAAGUGGAAACAUCAGAAACAGAAACACAACAACGGAAUUCAAUGUCUCAAGCAGAGUAUAUGCGAGAGUAUCGGCGGAAUCGCCUGCGAACUGCAGAAAUGGAAGUGAUAGCAACAGUAGAAGCAGAGAAUAUUAAUACUUCUCGUGCAGAAUAUAUGCGAGAAUAUCAACGCAGGCGCCAACAAAUAACUGAAAUAGAAGUAGUUGAGACAGUAGAAGCAGAGAAUAUUAGUAAUUCUCGUGCAGAGUAUAUGCAGGAGUAUCGACGCAGAUGCCGACUUACGGCUGAAAUAGAAGUAGUUCAGGCAGAAGUAGUGAGAGCACAAGUAAUUCAAGCAGAAGUAGUGGGAACAGAAGUAGUGGGAACAGAAGUAGUGGAGACAGAAGCGGCAGAGACAGAAGAGGAGAACCAUAAUUCUCGAGCAGAAUAUAUGCGCGAGUAUAUGCGGGAGUAUCGACGCAGACGCAGACUUACAGCUGAAAUAGAAGUAGUUCGGGCAGAAGCAGUGGAAGCAGAAGUAGUAGGAACAGAAGUAGUGGAGACAGAAGCGGCAGAGACAGAAGAGGAGAACCAUAAUUCUCGAGCAGAAUAUAUGCGCGAGUAUAGGCGUAGUAGACAAAGUAGAGCUAUUGAAGAGAAUGAGCGAGUACUAAUUUCACAUAAUGUGCAAAGCUUGAGGGCACAUAUAAACCAGAUAACCAGCGAUCAAGUAUACUUAACAUCUGAUAUUAUUCUUUGCAAUGAAACUUGGACACUGCCUAAUAAUGAAGAAUAUGAUAUUCCAAACUUCACCAUGAUAUCUCGCAUAGAUAGCCAUUCAACCAAUGCACGAGUUUCUGGUUCUUGCUGCUAUAUUCGUAGCUCUCUUUUACCUAGUACGAACAACUCAAACGACGAUUCUUUGGUUUAUACAACCAGUUCCAGAAUGUUCAUUGAUGAAGCAGGUGGAUCAACAAGCAUAUCAUUAUUUAUAUUAAGCAGCAGCUUAUAUUGCAGCAUAUAUGUAUCCCCACUAUGCCAACUAAAUACCUUGAUGGAAGCACUAGAAUUUGUUGUUAGUCAUACGUAUAUGCAUAUAACCAUUGCUGGUGACUUUAAUGUUGAUUUCACGAAAGAAUCGAUCAAGAAAACGACGUUACUUCAAUUUAUGAAUAACAGAAAUAUGACUACUACGCUCCCUAACACUAUUCAAUCAACAACAAGCCAGAAUACUCUCAUUGACAACAUCUUUUCAACUAUGCCAGUGCUGGAUUCAGGAAGAUACAUAUCUUUGACCAGUUACCAUUCUCCUUUGUGGGCAAAAUUUAUGUAA